AAGUUGCCUUAAAUUGAUUUUUCAUCCAUUGAAUCUCCACCUUCAAUCAAGCUCUGCCUUCCUUCUUUUCUCCAAACCGAGAACUCAGAAACAAUCGCACCAUGCUAAUGGAAAAGCUUCUUCUUUUUCUCCUCUUGUUCCUCUCAAUCCUGCUUUCCCCUGCAGCUUACACUCCCCCAGAUCACUACUUCAUCAACUGUGGCUCAAAGGCCAACUCCAGCCGCAGCGAUGGCCGGACCUUUAUCGGGGAUUUGAUCUACCCAGGUUCCUUGUCUUUUACCAAGCAAAGAAGCUCUGUGAUAACCAACAGCCAGACAUCAGAUGUUCUGUACCAAGCAGCAAGAAUUUUCAAGCAGCAGUCUUCCUACGAGUUUGACAUCGAAACUGGUGGGACGUAUCUGGUACGUCUUCAUUUCUUCAAUUCAACUGAUGUCUCCGAAGCUGUUUUUGAUGUUUCAACUGUUCGAUUUUCCCUGUUGAAGAAUUUCACCAUUCUAAGAAGCAGUACCACUUAUACCAAUUCUCCUCUCAUAGACGAAUUCCUCCUUAACAUGACUCAAGGAAAAUUUUCAAUCUACUUUACCCCUCAAGGAUCCUCUUUCGCCUUCAUAAACGCCAUAGAAGUCUUCCUUGCUCCAGAAAAUUUCAUCCCUGACAAGGCUACAACUCCACUUAAUAACAGUUACAGUGGUAUACUGUCCCACGCUUUACAGACAAUUUACAGAAUCAAUGUUGGGGGAGAAAAAGUAACACCAGAUAAUGAUACCUUAUGGAGGACAUGGAUAACUGAUAACGGAUUUUUAAGUAAUCCAAGCCUGGCAAAGAAGAGCACACCUUAUUCGGCUAGGCCUAAUUAUCAAGGAGCAUUUACUGAGUUUAUUGCACCUGAUCCUGUGUACCAGACUGCCAUAGAGAUGAACAUAGAUAGUAGUAAGUUCUCAAACACAUCCAAUGUGACGUGGUCCUUCAUUGUGUCUAAGAAUUCUAGCCAUUUUGUUCGGGUUCAUUUCUGUGACAUUGUUGGUACAUCAGCGGCUAGCAUUACAUUCAACUUGUACCUUAAUAGUGUCUACCAUCAGAAAAUCGAUCCUUAUGAGAAAGCUGGUGAUGUGGGGUCACCGUUUUACUUGGAUUUUGUAGUUGAUUCUGAUGAAUCGGGGGUUAUGAAUAUCUGCAUUGGUCCUUCGGAAGAUUCGCUUGAGCAUUAUACUGCGUUUUUGAAUGGAGUGGAGAUAAUGGAUAUCAUGGGUGAAUCAAGUUUAGUUAUCGAGUCCGAUGAAACUAAGAAAACUGUCUUCCUUGUGGUCGGUCUUGUUGUUGGGGGUCUACUUUGCGUCUUCGCUGUUGGAUUGUUUAUUGUUUUGAAGAAGAGGAAGAGAACUCCAGUUGAAACUUCAAUUUGGUUGCCGUUAAGUGUCCACGGCAGCGAAAGUACCCAUAGCAGGGGGACCAACGGACCCAUGAAUGUGUCCCCUGUCCCGAAUUUGAACCUUGGCCUGAGAAUUCCCUUCGCCGAAAUUCGGUCUGCUACAGACAAUUUUGAUGAGAAGCUGCUGAUUGGAAAGGGUGGAUUCGGAAAUGUUUACAUAGGAAAACUCAAAAAUGGCUUGCAAGUUGCAGUAAAACGGGGUCAGCCAAGGUCUGGCCAAGGGUUAUCGGAAUUUCAGACGGAAAUCAUGAUCCUAUCCAAAAUCCGCCACCGCCAUCUUGUUUCCCUGAUAGGAUACUGUGAUGAAAGGUCUGAGAUGAUAUUGGUAUAUGAAUUAAUGAAAAAUGGGACAUUGCGGGAUCAUCUUUACAAAACAAACCGGUCCUGCUUGCCCUGGAAACAGAGACUUCAAAUUUGCAUCGAUGCAGCCAGGGGCCUUCAUUACCUCCACAAAGAAUGUGCCGGUGGAAUCAUCCAUCGUGAUAUCAAGUCGACAAACAUCCUGCUUGAUGAAAACCUCAUCGCCAAAGUUGCAGAUUUCGGGCUCUCCAAAUCAGCUCCGAUGGAUCAAACCCACGUAGACACAGGGAUCAAAGGCACAUUUGGUUACCUCGAUCCUGAAUACUUCAACACACAUCAAUUAACUGAGAAAUCCGAUGUUUACUCAUUCGGCGUCGUGCUUCUUGAGGUGCUAUGUGCAAGACCGGCUAUUAUUUGUGGAGAUCCCCAGCUUCCAAUGGAACAGGUGAACUUAGCGGAAUGGGGACUUUUAUGCCACCGAAAAGGGUUGCUUGAGACGAUUGUGGAUCCAUCAAUAAAGGGUCAUAUCAAUCCCAACUCACUGAGGAUAUUUGCAGAGACGUUCGAGAAAUGUCUGCUGGAAGAUGGUGCAAAUCGACCUAGCAUGGACAAAGUGCUGUGGGACUUGGAAUAUGCUUUACAUCUCCAGCAAACUGCGGUGUACAGAGAGCCUCACGAGGACAGCACCAUUGAUGCUACCUUCGGUUUGCGAUUGGUUAACGUCCAACAACUCCCUUCACUUAGCCUGCAAAUUGAGAGAGACGACAUGCCCAUUUUGAGGGACAGCAUUACAGAUGAGUCUUACCCAUCGGCCAGUGAAGUUUUUUCACAACUGAGAGUCAACCAUGCAAGAUAAGGCCUUUAAUUCUCUUUCAAACUGGUCUUUAAAUAUGAGGCUACACUUUGCAUUAUAAUCAGUCCAUCAAAAUCGAAAAUGAAAACUUUCAGGGGAUUUCAAUCAUUUGUUGCAAGGUUAAUUCUCAAAGGAGGUCUGACUAAUGAGAUGCAUUUUACAUGUCUUAAUUUCUUAUUUUAGCUUUAAUUUUAUUACUAUUUGGAUGAAUGGAUGUAAUUUUCGAUGAAUUUUACAAUAAUUUUAUUUUUAUUGU